AAAAUACUUUGUAGCCACUAAGUUCGACAACAGUUCUCUAGAAACCAUCGAAAGAGCUGUAAUAAAUAAAGACCUAAGAAAUCUAAAAGGCACAUAUAAAUUUAUCGUUCAUUAAAUAGUUCUAAGUUUAGUUUAAUUUCCAGCGUUAUUAGAAACAAAACGUUCAAAAAUGUCUGUGGUAGAAACGGUACAAGAAACUGUGGCAGAAGUUGUACAAACAACCUCCUCAUCUGGCAUAAAUCCUUUGUGGACUGUAUUGAUUGGCAUUGUUGCCAUCGUCGUGCUAUUCGAAGUUUGGAUUAAAAAUACUCGGGAAUAUAAACUUUCGGAAAAUAUACCAUGCCCUCCCAGAGUGCCAAUUUUGGGCAAUGCUCAUUUGGUGGCUGGUUUAACAAAUUCUGAAAUCAUGGCCCGUGCCCGCAAUUAUCUUGAUAUUUACGGUGAUACAAUACGCGGUUGGUUAGGUCCCGUUCUGGUGGUGUUCCUCGCAAAUCCUGCUGAUAUUGAAAUUAUUUUGAGCGGUCAACAUCAUUUACAAAAAUCCGAUGAAUAUCGUUUCUUUAAACCCUGGUUCGGUGAUGGUCUUCUCAUUUCCAGUGGUCAUCACUGGCGUCAUCAUCGCAAAAUGAUUGCUCCCACUUUCCAUCAAAGUAUUUUGAAGAGUUUCAUUCCCACCUUUGUACAUCACUCCAAGAAAGUUGUCCAACGUAUGACCAAAGAGGUGGGCAAGGAAUUUGAUGUUCACGAUUAUAUGUCCCAAACCACUGUAGAGAUUUUGUUGUCCACCGCUAUGGGUGUUAAGCACAUACCAGAGGAUAACAAAAGUUUGGAAUAUGCCAAGGCUGUGGUGGACAUGUGUGACAUCAUUCACAAGAGACAAAUGAAAUUCUUCUAUCGUCUUGAUUCUACCUACAAUCUAACACCGAUGCGCAAGAAGGGUGACAAGAUGAUGGAUAUUAUUUUGGGUAUGACACGCAAGGUGGUCAAUGAUCGUAUGAAGGAUUUCAAUGCUGAUGCCAGAGCUAUUGUAGAGGAAGAAGAUGAAAUUGUCAAGCAAAAGCAACAGGCUAAAAAGGUCGGUUUGCGUGAUGAUUUGGAUGAUAUUGAUGAAAAUGAUGUGGGUUCUAAACGUCGUUUGGCCUUGUUGGACGCUAUGAUGGAAAUGUCUAAGAAUCCUGAUGUUGAAUGGACCGAUAAGGAUGUUAUGGAUGAAGUUAACACUAUUAUGUUUGAGGGUCACGAUACCACCUCAGCCGGUUCUAGUUUUGUUCUCUGCAUGUUGGGCAUCCACAAGGAUAUCCAGGAGAAAGUAUGGGCUGAACAGAAGGCCAUCUUUGGUGAUAAUAUGUCACGUGAUUGCACCUUUGCCGAUACCAUGGAAAUGAAAUACUUGGAACGUGUUAUUAUGGAGACAUUGAGAAUGUAUCCACCAGUACCUUUGAUUGCUCGUCGUGUUGAUCACGAUGUCAAGUUGGCUUCUGGUCCCUAUACCAUUCCCAAGGGAGCUUCCGUUGUCGUUUUACAAUUCGCCGUACAUCGUAAUGCCGACAUCUAUCCUAAUCCCAAUAAAUUCGAUCCUGACAACUUCUUGCCCGAACGCAUGGCUAAGAGACAUUUCUACAGUUUUAUACCAUUCAGUGCUGGACCCAGAAGUUGUGUGGGUCGUAAAUAUGCCAUGUUGAAAUUGAAGGUAUUACUGUCAACCAUUGUACGUAACUUUAAAGUAGAUUCGAAGAUGACAGAGGAUGAUUUCAAACUGCAAGCUGAUAUUAUUUUGAAAUUGGAAAAUGGUUUUAAUGUAUUGCUGGAACCCAGACAACAGACAAAUACGGAUUAUUACACUUUGAGAAAUUUCACAACAAAGGAUAAUUACAAUACAACAAUGUCGGUGGAAACGCUGCAAACUUCGAUUCCUCAAAUGGCAGGCGAAACUUUGGCAGCGGCAGCCUCGUCUGGUCCUAAUCCUUUGGUGACUCUACUAUUUGGCUUGGGUGUCAUAGCUGCUCUGUACGAGUACUAUCGUCGUAAUAAUAGAGAGGCCAAAUUAUUGGAAACUAUACCCACACCACCACAAAUGCCUUUAGUGGGUCACGGUCAUUUGGUGUUCAGUACAAAUAAUGUAGAAACCUUAAAGAUUGGCAUUAAACUAAUUAAAACUUAUGGCGAAACUGUACGUGUCAUGUUGGGACAUUUAAGUUUGGUUUUCAUUACCAAUCCCAAAGAUGUUGAAAUUGUUUUGAGUGGUUAUAAGCAUUUGGAAAAAUCGGUGGAAUAUCGCUAUUUCCAACCCUGGUUUGGUAAUGGUCUUUUGAUCUCGAAUGGACAUCAUUGGCGUCAUCAUCGCAAAAUGAUUGCUCCUACCUUCCAUCAAAGUAUUUUGAAGAGUUUUGUUCCCACUUUUGUCAACCACUCAAAGGCAGUUGUAGGACGUUUAUCCGCCAAUGUGGGCAAAGAAUUCGAUGUUCAUAAGUACAUGUCCGAAACAACUGUGGAUAUUCUACUUACCACCGCAAUGGGUUGCAAGACUAAACCUGAGACCGAAAAGAGUGCCGAAUAUGCCGAAGCUGUCAUGAACAUGUGUGACAUUAUUCACAAUCGUCAAUUGAAACUCUUGUAUCGUUUGGACUCGACUUUCAAUUUCACUAAGAUGCGUGAACAGAACAACAAAUUGAUGAAUGUUAUUCUCAGCAUGACCCGUAAGGUGGUGGAAGAUCGUAAAAAGAAUUUCAAUGCUGAGGAAAGAGGUAUUAUCGAUAAGGACGAUACUUUGAAGAAGAAACAACAACAGACUAAAAAGGAUGGUUUACGUGACGAUUUGGAUGAUAUUGAUGAGAAUGAUGUAGGCGAGAAACGUCGUUUGGCCUUAUUGGAUGCUAUGAUGGAAAUGGAAAAGAAUCCCGAUAUCAAAUGGACCGAAAAGGAUGUUAUGGAUGAAGUUAACACCAUUAUGUUUGAGGGUCACGAUACUACAGCUUCCGGUUCCAGUUUUGCUCUAUGCGCUAUGGGUAUCCACCAGGAUAUCCAACAGCGUGUAUUCGAGGAACAACAAGCCAUAUUCGGCGAUGAUUUACAACGUGACUGUACAUUUGCCGACACAUUGCAAAUGACUUACUUGGAACGUGUAAUCUGUGAAACUUUACGUUUGUUCCCACCAGUACCGGUAAUCGCCCGUAAACUGGAAGAAGACAUUAAAUUGAAAUCUGGACCCUAUAUCAUACCCAAAGGUACCACAGUCAUAGUAUCACAAUUCUUCAUACACAGACGUGCUGACACCUUCCCCGAUCCCGAAAAAUUCAAUCCCGAUAACUUUUUGCCCGAGCGUUCAGCCAACAGACAUUACUACAGUUACAUACCCUUCAGUGCUGGUCCACGUAGUUGUGUAGGCCGUAAAUUCGCCAUGUUGCAAUUGAAAGUCUUGCUAUCCACCAUCAUACGCAACUAUCGUGUAAGUUCGUCACGUACCGAAAAAGACUUUGAUUUACAGGGUGAUAUUAUUUUGAAAUUGGGUAAUGGUUUCCAAAUUGGUUUGGAACCACGUACCACCGUUAAAGUUUAAAUUGUUUCUCAGUGUUUGCAAAGUAAAUAACUCAGUGAUUGACCAGGAUUAUGUUAAAUGGACCACCGUCUGCUACAAACAAAAUUAGGUUUAUGAUUUCAAAACUAUAUUUUACUAACCCAUAUUAAUAACUAUUAUAUUUAGAAAUGAAAAACGUGUUUUAAUAAAUGGACCCGUCUGCUACAAACUAAAUUAGGUUUAUGAUUUCAACACUAUAUUUUACAGAACCAUACAUACAUAUUUGAUAACUAUUAUUUUAUGAAAAACGUGUGCUAAUAAUAACAUCAGGAAAAAAACGUAAAAGAGGAAGAUUUUCAAUACCACCAUACAAUCGAAAUAUAUAUUUUUUCUCGUUACUAACAUUAGCUAUUAAGAUAUGCAAAUUAUUAAUUAUAUAAUCAAAAAAUACAAAUAAAAAAU